AGCCCUAAGUGACCAGCUACAGUCGGAAACCAUCAGCAAGCAGGUCACUGUUCCAACAUGGCCCUGUGGAUCCGCUUCCUGCCCCUGCUGGCCCUGCUCGUCCUCUGGGAGCCCCGCCCUGCCCAGGCUUUUGUCAAACAGCACCUUUGUGGUUCUCACCUGGUGGAAGCUCUCUACCUGGUGUGUGGGGAGCGUGGAUUCUUCUACACACCCGUGUCCCGCCGUGAAGUGGAGGACCCACAAGUGGCACAACUGGAGCUGGGUGGAGGCCCGGGGGCAGGUGACCUUCAGACCUUGGCACUGGAGGUGGCCCGGCAGAAGCGCGGCAUCGUGGAUCAGUGCUGCACCAGCAUCUGCUCUCUCUAUCAACUGGAGAACUACUGCAACUAGGCCCACCACUACCCAGUCCACCCCUCUGCAAUGAAUAAAACCUUUGAAUGAGCACUACAA